CAUUAGUAUUGGUGUGCAUAUGUUUAAUCUUAAAAAAGAUAUACAUAAUAUAUUUUGUGAAGAAAAAUGGUGACAAAAAUAUUUGGUGAGUUUGAAGUUUGAACGACUCCUGGUUCUUGGGGUUGGAGUCUUCGUCUCCUUCUUCGCUACGCUACGCUACAUACAUAUCCGCGUAAGAAGAACCCAUCAAAUAAAGGACUCUCUUCUCUACACCAAUUAAAACCAGGCCUUCCUAGUUUUCUUGAAUUUAAUUGAAUUCAAUCCAAUUUUGUUUUCAAUUGGGAUUUUCCAUGGGAACUCCGGAAUUCCCUGAUCUGGGUAAGCAUUGCUCCGUUGACGAAUGCAAGCAGAUCGAUUUCUUACCCUUCACCUGUGAUCGCUGCCGUCUGGUGUUUUGUUUGGAGCACCGGAGCUACAUCAAACACCAUUGUCCAAAGGCUGAUAGAAACGAUGUCACUGUUGUCAUUUGUCCACUCUGUGCCAAAGGUGUUCGUCUAAAUCCCGACGAGGACGCAAAUAUUACUUGGGAAACACAUGUUAACACUGAUUGUGAUCCAUCAAAUUAUGAGAGGGUCACAAAGAAGAAAAUAUGUCCAGUACCCAGAUGCAAGGAGAUCCUAACAUUUUCAAACACACUCAAGUGCAGGGACUGCUUAGUAGACCAUUGUUUGAAGCACCGGUUUGGAGCUGACCACAAAUGUCCCGGACCAAAGAAACCAGAAUCAAGUUUUGGAUUUAUGAGUCUUCUAAAUAGGAGUAAGAAAGAGGAGCAGAAACCAGGUAGAGCUCCAGCUACAUCUUCUUCGAAAUGGGCUUCCAGCUUUCUUAAUGCUGCAUCGAGCGUACGAGCCUCUGCUGAAGCAAGUGUGACAAAGUUGAGCAAUGAAAUUAGCCAAAAAUGGCAGAUUGCAAAGGAUGGUGUGGGACAGACCAGUAACAGUAAUGACCAAAUGGAGGUUUGUCCGCAAUGUGGUGCAAAGUUUUCUUCUGUUACAACUUUGGUGGAUCACGUGGAGAAAGUCCACGAAAAGGGCGGUGGUAACAGAUUAGGGGGAAAGAAAGUGACAAUUGAUGCAUGCCCCAAGUGCAGUAAAGGGUUUCGGGAUCCUGUUGCGCUUGUAGAACAUGUUGAGAGGGAACAUGGUGGAACUUCACGAGCGUAGAUGAUGAUGGUGUCGAUACUAGUUAACUUCUGAUGAAGUUAUUCUUAUUCUUAAUCGUUCCGAGGCUGUCAAAUGCAGAAGUCUCUGGAGCAGUGAGUAAAAUAUUUGUUUCUUCGAACUGUAUUUAACUUCAAAAUGGCCAAUUGUGCAUGUUGGACUAACCUGCUGAAGUCAAAUCUAGCUCAUGAUUCGUUUAAUGGUUUCAGUUACUGAAGGUUUCGAAUUGCAGAUAUAUUUAUAUUGAACAUAUGUCAUUCAAGAAUGGGAAGAAAGAUUCAUUUAUGCCUUCAUGUUUGAGUGUUUUCUUCUUCUUCUUCUAUUAUGUGUAGUUUGAAAGAGUUAGUACAUUACCCAA